UAAAUUGAUCACGCGUUGAAAUGGCGAGUCAAGCGAGUUUGGAGUCUUCCUUACGCCGCUGCGCCAGACUCGGCCUGGAUGUACUCGAGCGAGCCUCAAGACGGAGUGUAGACUGGACUUCAAAUCCGUAUGAGACCCCAACCCAAGAACCGGACGAAGGAGAUUCAACCCACACGACCCUGGACGAUGCAUUGGAAUCCAUAGCAGAAUUCAUGACACAGACUACAAACCAAUGCAAGAAGUUUUACUUGGACCCUACCCAUAACGCCACUGAAAAUGAGAGGGCUCAUGUGUGUAGAUACCACUCACACCAAAGACCGGGCACUGCACUUGGGACCAGAAAACACACCCAGUUGGGACCAGAGGUCUUCCACAUUGAGGUGUCUCCAGGGACAUACAGCAUAACACCGACGAUGGAUGCCCAUGAACAUAUCCGACAAGUCCACAUUAAUGCUGGACAGAGCAUCAACCUCACCUUUUAACCACAGACAUGUAACUCUUGACCCUCCACUCCAGUUACAUGCUUGACCAAACUAAAUGUUUACAUCUGAAACUUCCCUUAACAGGAACUUUUCUCCAUAUUACUUAUGUUGCUCUGUAUCCAACAAGGAUUUGUGUUAAAUUAUUGGCAGCUUUUCUUGAUACUAUUGAUAAAAUCCUGGUUAUACUUCAGUGUUAAAUUAUAUAGAAUGAAUGUCACGUCUGCAAAGAAUCAGCGGCUUUUGUUUCUGAUUGGCUGGUAGGUGACAUUUAACUCUAGCCUAUAUUUCGAGACAGCUAUCAACUCGCCUUAUAAUGUACCUCCCUAUGCCAGCGUCCCGUCCAUAUAGCGGGACAAAUAUUGGUGUGGUGUUGGAUGAGAGCGUGUGAACCGUUUGAAAUGCGUGAGUCUCACGUCGAAUGCCUAAGACCUAAGAGCCCUGGUUUAUGUAAGAUCAAUAUUCAAUGUUUUUUUCUAUACUGUAUCAGUAUCUGCUUGUACAAGAUUACAGAGAAUUACAAAUUAAACUACAUUGCAAAAAUA